GUCUAUGGGUGGUGUUAGUACGCGUCUGUUUCAACUCCCAGCCUGACAGAAUUUUUUUUUUUUUUUGUGUGUGUGUGCGUGUGUAACCACGCCUACACAGUGGCUGCCAAGGCUUACCCAUGAGUUAAACCUUCUUUAGUUGGUAAUGAGGAAGGCGUGGGCUCUAGCAGUGGACACCCGAAGGCAGCAGUGGGUGAAAACAAGCAAAAUAAAGAAAAGUUUGGCUGUGAGAAGGUACUAGACAGCCAACCAUAGUGACGAGGAGGCAGGAAGGUACAUCACCACCACAGGGAAGAACGAAGAUCGACGUCUGGUUGACCGAAGCUUUGGAGAGAGAAGCCAGCCGAGGCCACCCACCAACGUGAAAACAAUAUAAAAUAAAAUAAGAAGAAAGAGCAGCGGCCACAAGAGACAUGCUGAUGUGAGGAAGGAGAGCAUUACUGUUGUGUUGGGAGAGAAAACACUUGUGCUGAGUGUGCUGAGUGCUGGGUGUGAUGACUGGCAAGCGGUCUGAGUACAGGUUUCGGCCGCUGGUGAUGCGUUUCGUGCGGCCCUGGGGCAACCUGAGGGAUGGCAUUCCCAUACCCAUGGCCCGGAGUGGCCACCGCAUAGUGUGCUUUGGACUCUCCUUCUACUCUUUUGGUGGCUACAACCCCAAGAUCACUGACACUGAGUAUGUAGAUGACACUUGGCACCGCACCAAACCUCUCUUCCAGGAGCUGUGGCAGUUCAACCUGGUGAGUCACACAUGGACGCGCAUCAAGGGGGAGGGGGCCAUGCCGGAGGAAUUGGCCUCCCACUCAGCUGUGCAGUGUGGGCCAUUCAUGCUGGUGUUUGGAGGGACUGCCACGCCCUUUGGUAACUCCUCCUCAGAUUCUCUGUACCAGUGUCACCUGCCCACUGGAAGAUGGCAGAAGAUUGUGACUAUGGGAAAGAAACCAAAGCCUAUGUAUGGGCAGGCGGUGUGCAUGAGUGACGACUACCUCUAUGUGGUAGGAGGAACAACUGGUUUCCAAUACAGCAUUGAUGUCCACCGCCUUGACUUAGAAAAUCGCACGUGGGAGCAGCUCUUUCCGCCCUCUCCCCCACCACACACUAUUCCCGAGGAGAGGUACCGUCACGAGGUGGUGGAGCAUAAUGGUUCACUGUACGUGUUUGGCGGCGGGCGGUCUGAUACCUCCUGCUCAUUGGAUCAUCUGCCCACCUUCCUGCUGCAGCAGCGGGUGUGGGCCACAACCUCCACGCGGCCUGAUACCCGCACCAACACCUUCCCCAAGCCGCGGCGCUGCCAUGUGGCCAUUAAGGUGGACAAAUAUGUGUACCUUCAUGGGGGAUACAAUGGAUCAGAGGCUUUUGCUGACCUGUGGCGCCUCAGCCUGACCACAUUUGAGUGGCAGCUGCUCCCCUGCAAGUCACUGGUGCCUCUCUACUUCCACUCAGCUGCUGUGACAGAGGAAGGAUGUAUGUAUAUAUUUGGAGGAGUGAAAGACCUUACCCAAAACACCCGCAGUGCUUACAUCAACAAGGUGUGGCUGGGAGUGGCUCGCCUCAGGGACAUGUGCUGGGAGGCGCUGUGUCACUACUGCCCCAACCUGCCCUCCCUGCCCCCCUCAGCACUCCUGGCCAUGGGCAUUCCUCUGUACAUUGUGGAGGCCCUGCAGCACCAGACACCAGCGUACGGCUAACUGACAGUGAGGCGUGGUGCGGCGGGUGAGGGCAUCUUGGUGUGGUGUGGUGUGGUGUGUGGUGCGGUAUGGUGUGGUGUGGUGUGGUGUGGCUGGUCAAACUGGCUUCCCUUCUAGCCCCUUGUCACCUCCUGUGUGUUCAGAUUUAUAGCUACUCAUGCUCCUCCUACUGUUACUGGUAUUGUUUUUGUUGUUGUUAUUAUUAUUAUUAUUAUUAUUAUUAUUAUUAUUAUUAUUAUUAUUAUUAUUAUCAUUAUCAUUAUUAUUAUUAUUAUUAUUAUUAUUAUUGUCAUAAUUGUCAUCAUUAUCAGCAUAAACACUAUCCUUAUAAUCAUCCCAUCAUCAUCAUCAUCAUCAUUAACAGCAAUAAUCAUCAUCAUCAUCAUUGUCAUCAUCAUCAUCAUCAUUAUUAUCAUUCUUGAUUUAACAACUAUUCUUUUCUUUUGCAUUUGCUUAUUUUUAUUGACAUGGUGACAGUGUACUGCGCAUUGCAAUAGUACAUUACAAUAAAUGGCUUCUUAAUGGUCUGGAUUCUGGAAGGAUGGUUGGCUCUUGAGGCUCACCACAUCUAAUUAAUAAAGGUUCAUCAUUUUAAACCUACUCUACCUUUUACGCAAGAUUUGGAAAAGAACACAUGGUUGUACACACCUCUAGGUAUUCAUACAUUGCUACAUACAGUGUUUAUUGCAGCUGUUGAGUUCCCUUUGCUGCCUGUGUGCUGAAUUUCCUCAUUUGUUUUCCCUCUAUGCAAGUUACUUUUCAUGCUGUGCCUAACAAAUCACCAUGAAUAAAAAUUAAGCCAAGCAGUA